AUGGUCAACGUUCAGCUACACUGCCCGUCCACGAAGAAGACCGUCGAGGACUUCUUCAUCACGCCAUUCCAGUCUCUCGAGCAAGUUCUACCAAGUGUACGACUUGCCUUCGACAUCAAGUACGCGGCGCUCUACACUACCGAAGCCAAACGAAUCAUGGAACCAAGUACCCUCCAAGAAGACCAGCGGGUAUUAGUAGCGGCCAGCGCCAUGGAGGUUAUGCUACCCGAUUCGCCAUCCGAGUGGGUGUUGUAUGACGGCCAGGAGGGCAACGAUGUCGACCCAGACGUUGAGUGUUAUGGUCUUGGGUGGGAAGAAUUAUGUGAUCUCGACAAGUGCCUACACAUCAUCAGCCUGAACAAGCAGAAGCCUGCAUCUCGCAAUAAGAUGCGUAUCACACGCGAGUACAAGCCUGUUGAGGCCGACAUUGACGCCUUGGAUUCCGCAACUUCAACUACGUCAAGUGUUGCCGAAGACGAGGACCACAUCGAGAAAUGUUGGGGCGUCGCUGUCGAGCAGUUCCUUCCUACGUCCAUGAAGCCCGCCGCCGCCAAGUCCAGCAGCAAGCCCUGCGACCCGUCCACACUGGCUGUCCUAAGCAUCCUCGCAGGCUUCACUCAGGGCCAAUCUCGUCUCGUCCUCGAGGUACUUGAAGAGGCGGUCGCCCUUCGGACUGAAGAAGACCAAGGCGACGACAAGGAUCCCGCUUUGCAGAAGGGUGAUGUCAUCAACGCCAUUAUCCUUGUCUACGAAAAGGCUGAGAUCAUUGAGGCUAAGCUGACCAAGGGCAAGGGUGCAAAAGGAAAGGGAAAGGGGAAGAGGCGGCCCUCAAAGGGCACUCCGAAGAAGCUUGGCGCUAUGUCGAGUUGA